CAAGGUCAUCGUAUACAUAACCGCACUUUUUUGUAUAUUGUAAAGCUAAAUAAAAUCAUGGAAUUUGUGGAUUUUAUAACAACUCCCAAAUUGGAUGGAGUUAUACUACACACGCCAUUUCACGAAGCUAUCGAUGGCACGCUUUGUAUUACUGGUCAUCAUUUAAUUCUUUCCACUAGAAAAGAAAACAUUCAAGAGCUAUGGUUACUCAUACAGUGUAUUGAUGCUAUCGAAAAGAAACAACCUGUCGCAAAUACACCCCAAAGUGGGGGAACAAUUAUACUGAAAUGUAAAGACUUUCGGCUGCUUCAGCUGGAUAUCCCAACUCCAUAUGAUUUUCACAAUAUUUAUACAUCGAUUGAACGUUUAUCUAAUUUAGACAAACCUGAGUUAAUGUAUCCCUUUUUCUAUAGACCAAUGUACACAAUCCUCGAGGAUGGUUUCACUUUAUUCAGGCCAGAAACUGAAUUUGCAAAAUUAACUGCCUCUGAUGAAUGGCGCAUUUCUUAUGUUAAUAAAAACUAUACUGUAUGCAGGUCUUAUAGUUCAACUUUGGUUGUUCCCAAAGUCAUUGAUGAUAAUACAAUUAUUGCUGCAGCUGGUUUUCGUGAAGGUGGAAGAUUUCCUAUAUUAAGUUAUAGACACGAAAAUGGGGCAGUGUUGUUGAGAUCUAGUCAACCAUUACUGUGUAAUAACAAUAAAAAAUCUGCUGCAGAUAAGAAAAUGUUAGAUUCUGUAUUAGGGCCUUGUAAAAAAGGUUACAUUAUUGAUACACGCAGCCCUGGUUUAGUAAGUCAUUCUAAAGGAAAAGGAGGUGGUACUGAACCGGACGGUCAUUACACACAGUGGAAAAAAAUUUUCAAAAAUUUAGAUAAGUUAGUAAAAUGUGAUGGAUCAGUAUUAGAGCAUUUUGGUAAAUUAAUUGAAGCAUGCAAUGAUACAGGGAUAACUACAGACAAAUGGUUGUCUCGAGUUGAAAGCAGUCACUGGCUAACUCAUGUGCAAAAUAUUUUGAGUACAGCUUGUUUAGUGGCACAAUGCUUAGAUAAAGAUGGAGCGCCUGUAUUGGUUCAUGACUCUUCCGGCUUAGACGCUACUCUAUUAGUGACUUCUGUGGCCCAAGUCAUACUUAAUCCCGAUUGUAGGACUGUAAGAGGAUUGCAAGCCCUGAUAGAACGCGAAUGGUUACAAGCAGGAUAUCCAUUUCAAACAAGACAUCUGAAGUUCUGCUUUUCAACUAUCAAAUCGAAAAACCAACAGCCCACAUUUUUGUUAUUUUUGGAUUGUAUACAUCAGCUGCACUACCAAUUUCCCUACAGUUUUGAAUUUACUACUCCUUUAUUAAUUCAUAUUUUUGAGAAUUCCUAUUAUAGUAAUUUUGGUACUUUUAUAGGGAACAAUGAAUGUGAGAGAAAAGAAUUAAAAUUAUCAGAAAAAACCACGAGUUUUUGGUCAUAUUUGAAUAGACCCGAUGUUAUAACAACCUUUUUAAAUCCAAUGUAUGAACCGAACAAAGCAGCAAUCUGGCCAAGUAUAGCUCCAGUCAGUUUGGUGCUAUGGAAUGAAUUGUUUUUAAGAUGGGUAAUUGAUCAGAAGCACCAGCGAAGAGCAAUGGUUAAAAUAGAGCAACUAAUUCAGAAUGACAAAGACUUGAGAAGUAAAGUGAUCCGUAUGAGAAAGCAACUUAUAGAUCUGCAAAAAGAAUUACAAAGUCAGUAUCUAGAUAAUGAAAAUCUACUUUUAGAUGAAGGAUGAUCUUUGAAGUGCUUAACAACCAACUAAUCGGACAAUUCUUUGUCCUAGUGAUCUUUCCAGAAAAAUGAUUAGUGCUAUAAAUAUAUAUUUACUAUUUGUUAUCAGGUAGGAUUAAAAUCAUAUCAAAAUAUUAUAGAACCUUUUCGAAAAAAUAAGUAAAGUGUUAGUACUUUUGCUGUCUACACAUCAUUCUACAUUUUAUAUCUAUAUGCAAAUGAUUUUUUUAAGAACUGAAUUGUAGUAAAACAUUUUACAUAAAUUGGAUGAGCAUAAUAUAACAUAUAGCUAACAACAGAACCACAUCCUUGGUCGUCGGGUAUAUGCGAAUGUUAUGCACCAAAAAAGCAAAAAGCUCAGUACAAUGCAAUUCAAAACUAUUUACGCCUGCAUUGUUUAGUUUAUUCGUAAUAGUGAAUUAACUGCAAUUUUUAGACCCAAAAGAACUUCGAACUUUUAUUUAGUUUCAAAAGUGUUAUAAGGAAUACAACUUACAAUAAUUUUGCCUGACUUUUAUUUUUUAUUUUUGCGUGUGUAUUUAUUUAAUGAAUUGCUCUCCAUUUUGGUCCACCACUGUGUUCACUGUGAUUUUUGAUUUUUGUUAAAUAUUGUUUUAAUUUAGAUUCUAAUUAUUCCAAUUACCGCAUUUUAUACUUUUUAGUUAGUAGAGUUGUUUAUUUUUUUUAUUACCAUUUUGUUGGAAAGAAAACAGAUUGCAAAAGUCUCAUCUAGAAAAAUAUAUUUGUAUACUGUUAUUUAUGUAUGAUCUGAACAAGAGUUUUUAACUCUAUAGCUAACUGUUAUUAUAUUAUUUUUUAUACCUAAAUUUAAAUGUAUUUAAAGGUAUAUUUUUUCACUUGCAUUACUUGUUUUUGUGUACCUGUUGAAUAAACUAUGAAAAUUAUUAUUGUAUUAUGGCAUCCUUUAUUAUCUAAAAAUUACUGAAAUAAUUUAGAGUGGUGUUGAUUGUGAUUGCAUAGACCGGAAACGUCACUAUAAAAGAAAUACAAACAACAACACAAACAA